UGUUUGCAUCAUACAUGCGGGGGGAGUGAGGAGAGGUCGGCGAGUAGGGGGACGUGUCAAAACUUGGUGUACGAUUCCUUCGGGAGGACUCGUCUACGAACUUUCCCGAGAACCCACGACGUCGUGUCACCAACAGUCGGUCCCCUGAUCGGUCAUUUCCGUCCAGACUUCGCGUAAUUGUAUAAUUGUUGUCUGGUAUGUUUUAAAGAGAGGUGUAACGAACUCGCGUCCUUCCAUUGUGGGCAGCCGAGUUUUUGACACUGCGCGAAAAAAGAGCGCUUUGUCUGCGCACAUGAGGUCACAGGUAAUUGGAACAAAACAGUGAAACCCAAGACGACAACCCCGGCACUUUCUUGAAGCACUAUACCUGGGCAUUUCAAUAUGAAAAGUGGCCGGCGCACACUUCCUGUAGUAGCGGCAUAGUCGGAGUAUGAGGGAGAGCACUUUGUCUGUGCCGCGUGUCUGACUAACUGUGGACGUCCUCCGCACUUUUCCUGGGAUGGAGCGCAACAAGUGGACGUUUUUCAGCCGGCUCAAGUCCUUCCCUGCCGCUCAUUUCUUCACGUUCCUGUUCCUGACUAUUCUGGACCGUACGGAGGGAUAUUUCUACGGUCGUGUGCUGCCUGAGAUCUAUUGGAACCAGAACAACCCUAUAUUCCAGAGGGAGGGAGGGUACGUCCUGGAAGUGGACAUCAACGACAAGCUGGACAUCAUCUGCCCGCGGCUCUUCAACCAGUACAACGUCAUGUACGAAGUCUCGCGAGAGGGUUACGAGACUUGCAACUCUACCGGCGGCAGGUUGUUGCUGAGGUGUAAUCUCCCCGAGAGGGACAUUGUCCUGACCAUACUGUUCCAGGAGGUCAGUCCCUCGCCGUUCGGACUGGAGUUCGUGAAGGGAAAAGAUUACUAUUAUAUAGCCACCUCCAGCGGUACGCCAGACACUCUAGACAACAGAAUCGGCGGCAACUGCGAGUCACCCACAUACAUGAAGCUCACCAUCAGAGUAAGAGGAGAUCCCACGGAAAGGUCAGAUUCAACAGGCGGCAAUCCCCCCGAGAGAGGAGAUGGCGUAACGGACCUACCGUCAGUGGCGAAGAGCGCCGACAGGCGGGUUAACUCGGCUUUGCAGCUGAGAACGAACAUUGUCACACUCCUACUGACCGCCCUACUGGCCACAUUGUUCGGCAUGUUGAGACUAUAGCAGUGAAGACUGAGAGAGGAUUUAUCUACAGACUUUUAAGGAUGAAUGAAAGAAGACUUUAAAAUCCACAGUCACCGCAAGGAUCAGUGUGCAAGUUGAACAAACUCGAGCGUUGGACAAAUUUCACCGAAAAAUCAUCAGAAUUCACCGGCCAAGAAUCUGGAUAUUGCGUCUCGACCACCCCGAACUUCAGACGAAAGCUACUGAGGAAAAUAUUUUGAACAAGGGUUGAAAUUUUCUAUGAAAGUUUAGCUGGAAAUAGUGAAGACAACAGCAGGAUUCUGUUGUGACCUAUGUGUGUGUUAUUAAGUCCCCGUUUUCUCGAUGCGAAGGUUUUGUACCUUGUGAAUUGGCAGUUGCAAGAGAAGACGUAUUGUCCACCAGCCGUCUCCAAGGCCGUGUAGUGAUGGUAUUGAUUUAACGUCGAUAUCAGUUUCACAAACACGAAACGGUUGACAGACUGCGAGCGAUUCACAACGACAAGACGUCCCGACCAACAUGGAGACAAUUUGUCAAAGUUUACCGCCUUCUACACAACAAAGGCGAGUCCAUAACCCCAAAUAGUUUAUCAUAUAUCCCUUUAUCAUUGAUUCAUGAACACUAGCAUUACGAUUAUCAUCAUCAGUUAAUUCUUAGAUCAAUUUUUGGAACACAAAAAGAAGUUUGCCUCCUGACUCGAUAUAUGUUUAAAGUUAUCUCUUUCUCUAGAUAGAAGCAAUUUGUGGAAAUUGUUUUAUUUAAUUACUGGUACGACGAAAGAGCUGCUGCUUAUAUGUAGAAGAGCUUUUCCAAUUCAUUGAACGUAUUUUUGGAAACACAGGGCAUAGCUAUAGUGCAGUCAUACAUGAUCAAACUUGUGUGUUUUGCAAAGUGUGAAUAUGCUAAUGAAGCCACGUUGAUCAUCAGAAUGUCGUCUAUCGGUUUUAUGAAAAUUACCUACUGACAAUCCAAUGGAAAUUAUGACAGCUUCAAGACAAGCGCAUUUACUUUUUACCCAGUUCUUUCUCCCUGGCCCUCUUCGAUUUUUAUAUUUCAAUUUUUCGACGCUGAAAAAGAAAACAGAGCACUGAAAACAUGACAAGACCCCGGCGAAUUCGCCUCGUAGAUUGACAAAACGAAUUAUUUUAAGAAAAAAAUUACAAUUUUGAUUGUAAAGAUUUACAAUUUUAUAUAUACUUGACCCUCCAUUUUGUUUUGAUAUCACAGACGAUGCGGCACUAUGUAGGGCUGUGAUUAAAUUCUUUAUUAUAUCUGAUGACAGAAAAUAUUUUCUGGACGCGAGUGUUGAGUGCUGUAUCUAUCCACGAGAUAUCAAAAAGUGGCGAUCCAUUCAAAACAUUCCAUCUAAGUCAUUCCACCAAGUGCAGACUUUACCAUUCACCAACCAAUCAAACGUUAUUUUUGUGCUUUUACGCUACAAAAGCCCGGAUGGCCUAAAUUGUGCUCUUUUCCCCUGAAAUAUUUCAUAGGCCCCCAUAUAUUUUAGUCAAACAAAUCCUCGUAGGAAAUAUCACACAAAUGUUACCCACUAAUGAUUAGAGUUAUAGUGGAGUAGCAAACCAUCCCGUGCUAUUUUUAGUUGACAGUUACAUCGAGCAUCAGUUUUUUUUUAAUUGCUGGUAGAGAAUCAUUUGCCGUGCGGUAUUUUUUGUUGUACUCAAGAAGAAAAAAAUGUGUCUGAAAUUGUAGAUCGUGUGCGAAGGCGUCGCACAGUAAAGUGCAGUACGUAAUGUAAGUAACACAUCGUCUGUACACGAGUGAUUCUGUAAAUAUCUGUCCAAUUUGUUACGCUGCUGUGUUUUAUGUUGUAAGUUGUGUAAAAUUGACGAAGAUCCUAAGAUAUAAUUCUGCACGUGGGGCCCACCACAGCUCCGCGUGCAACUUGCUUCAAAAGCAAUCUUGUACAUUUUGUACAGAAGUUCAAAUAAAAUGUUUUACAGCU